UGUGGACUCGAGCAGCCGCAACGCUACUGCGAACUGAGCGGUGCCGGUACACAAGCUAAUCUACAAGAUUUGAGCUGCCAUAUUUGCGAUCACAGCAAUCCGGCGCGCCGUUUUCCCGAAUCAGCGCUAACCGAUUUGAAUAAUUCGAAUAAUGUGACGUGUUGGCGUUCGGCGCCCGUACCGGCGGUGACAAGCAUGAAUGCGCCACCCGAUAAUGUAUCGUUGACGCUGUCACUGGGCAAGAAAUACGAACUAACCUAUGUGAGUCUGCAAUUGUGUCCGAAAUCGGUGAAACCCGAUUCGAUUGCGAUUUAUAAGAGUACGGAUUAUGGCAAGACAUGGCAACCCUUCCAGUUCUACAGUUCACAGUGUCGACGCGUUUAUGGGCGUCCAAAUCGUGCCACUAUCACCAAACACAACGAACACGAAGCACGCUGCACCGACUCACGUGGGCAGGUGGGCGAGGUGACUGGGCUGCAGGGUUCGCGCAUCGCUUUCAGCACAUUGGAAGGACGUCCAUCGGCACGUGAUUUGGAUUCGUCGCAAGUGCUGCAAGAUUGGGUCACCGCCACCGAUGUCAAAGUGGUGUUUCAUCGUCUGCAAAUGCCCGAACCGAAUACGUUGAAUGUUUUGGAGACCAACGGCGCAGAUAUUAAGCCGAAUGGCAAAUAUAGCGAAGCCGCAAGCAAUUCCGUGUUGAUACAACAAUAUGGUACGAAUGUGAUCGAGCCGGCAGCCGAUGGUUUGGGCAUACCAGCUGCGGUCACCAUCUCGAGCGCUGGGUCGGCGGUGCUGAACGGUGCUGCCGGUUUGGGCCAACAUUAUGCUGUGUCCGAUUUCCUCGUGGGUGGACGCUGCAAGUGCAACGGUCAUGCAUCGAAAUGCUCACCGGAUCGUUACGGUGUGCUCGCCUGCGAGUGCAAACACAAUACAACGGGUCGCGACUGUGAACGCUGCAAGCCAUUCCAUUUCGAUCGGCCGUGGGGUCGCGCAACGGCACGUGACGCCAAUGAAUGCAAAA